UUGACUCUUAUGGAAAAUUCUAGGGGAUUACGAAGAAUCUGUUAAAUCAAGGAAUUCAUUAUAUUGAGGUACGUUAUAUUAAGGUUGCACUGUAUAAAUUAACUUUUUAAGAUGUUAAUUUUUGCUUCAAAAAAUUAACUUUGAUGUUGAUGUUAAUGAUAUUACAGCUAUGCAAAUACAGUCAAUAUCUAGCUUAAAUAUAAACUGACGUUCUUAAUGUUAUCAAUCAUGAAUCACGAUAUCAUGAAGUCAUCAUGUAAAUUCACUGACUAUUUCAUUUAUCUAUAGAAAGCGCAUCAAAGCACAUUAUUCUGAUACAAAACCCAAUUAUCAUGUUUUAUUAUAAUUUUAAUUUAAAUAAAGUGUUGUAAUAAUUACACACAAUGCAACCCAACAUUAUGGUUUUAAACAUAACAGUUAACAACAUGUUAUGUUGUCAUCUGGUAAUACAAAAUGAUAAAGUUGUUGUAUUACAAGGCUACAAUUGUUUAUCUUUAUGUAAUACAUAUUAUUUAUAUUCUGCUCACUUUUAGCACUAAAUUUAAAGUUAGGUUUAACAUUUUUUGUGUUUGUUAUCUCUACUACACGUAAUCCUAUAAAACAUACAACGUAAAACCCUGAGUUUAAAAUUCCCUAGUUGAAGUGGUCGCCGGCCGGUAGAGGACGUUACGCGCAUUUAGAGUUGCUAUCCGUCCGGGGUUUUCCGGAUUUGUUCUAGCUUUUGAAUGGCGUCCGGGCCAAAAAUUUCAUAUCUUAUACACCCCAAUACCAGUUUCUUCCUCUUGACCGGAUACAAAACCGGAAAAUUCUACUUAUCGAUGAUCCUGAGCUCCCUGACGCGGUGCAACCCUUAAGCAUGCGCAGAGAUGUUGCGUCCUUGUGCGUGUUCUUCGGCCUAUAUACAAUGGAGUGUUUCAAGGUAUUAUUCAAUCUUGCGCCAGCGGCGACGUUUCUUCACCGCACCCCACGCCGCAGAGAGAAGUUUUACCCCCAGCAUCUGGACGCUUGGCGUUCUAGCACCAUGCAUUGCACUAUGAUAUGGCGGUCUUUAAAAGGCGGAUAAACCUUUCUCCUUCAGAGCUGGCAACGUAUGAGUGGCCCUUGGU